AUGAAUGAAAAGAUUUUAACACAACAGUCUUAUAAUGAAAGUGAUUUAACUGAUUUAUUGAAGCAAUAUUAUAAAAGACUGUUUCCAUACAAGCUUUAUUACAAGUGGUUGCAAUAUGGAGAAGAUUCAAAAAGUUACUUUGAAAAUCGUGAAUUUUCAUUUACAUUGAAAGAUGACAUAUAUAUUCGUUAUUUAUCUUUUGCUGAUGCAAAUGAAUUAGAAAAAGAAAUGCAAAAAAAGGUUCCAUACAAAAUUGACAUAGGAGCUAUAUAUAAUUACAAGCCUAAAGACAAUAAACAGUUGCAAGCCGGAGUUUUUAAAGCUGAAGAAAAAGAGCUUGUAUUUGAUAUUGACAUGACAGAUUAUGAUACUGUAAGGACUUGCUGCAGUGGAGCGUCAGUUUGCAACAAGUGUUGGCCUUUAAUGACAGUGGCUUUAAAGAUAUUAGACAGAGCUUUAGAAGAGGAUUUUGGAUUUGAGCAUCGAUUAUGGGUAUAUAGUGGGCGUCGUGGAAUUCAUUGCUGGGUUGCUGAUCUAAGAGCUCGUAAGCUUUCUCAACAGGGAAGAUCUGCUGUAGCUGAGUAUCUUAGUGUUAUUAAGGGAGGAGAUGCACAAGCAAAGAAAGUUCAUUUUAAAGGAAAUUCUCUCCACCCUUCAAUUGCUUGUGCUGCUUCUCUGAUAAAGAAAUACUUUACAGAAAAUUACCUUGUUGAUCAAGACAUUUUAGAUUCAGUUGAGCAACAAAAGAUUAUGUUGAAGCUGAUCCCAGAUGAAUCCACUCGUGACAAAGUUGAAGCAGUUUGGAACCAUGAGAUACUUUCAACAGUAGAAAAAUGGAAAAAAUUGGAAAAUCUUGUUUUGGAUAAAUCAUUCAAUAAUAAACAUACGCUUGAAGAAAUAAUGUUUCAGUAUGUAUAUCCAAGACUUGAUAUCAAUGUUACUAAGGGGCUAAAUCAUUUACUGAAAAGUCCGUUUUGCGUGCAUCCAAAGACAGGUAGGGUUUGUGUACCUAUUGAUCCAAGUACAGCUGAAAAUUUUGAUCCAUCAAAAGUACCUACAAUAAGCCAACUUUUUCAAGAACUUGAUGAAAUUAAAAAAGUAGAAACAACUCAAGGAGAUGGUCAAUCUCAGGGAGAAAGUCAAACUCAGGGAGAUAGAGAUUACAGUAAAACUAGCCUGAAUGAAGGAAUCAAGAUAUUUGAGAGAUUUAUCAAUGGUUUAUACAUAGAAAGUAAAGAAAAUAAAUCAAUAUAUAAUAACAAAAAAGAAAUUGAUUGGUAAAAAACUAAACACUGGCUAAUAAAAGACUGAGCACUGAUUGGUAAAAGACCAGACACUGAUAAAGAAAAAGAUGUAUAGUAAAAGACUCUACGAGCCAAAGUUGUGCAAUUUCAAAGUUUAGUGUGCUUAUGAGUCAGUUAUUCUUUGUUGUUGCUUUAAAAUGACUUUGCGAAACGUUUUUACCCUUAGCUAAUCUGGUUGUUACGAUUGGUUUUAAUAUUUAUUUGUUAAUGUUUUUUAAAGGAUGUAAACAAAGGAGUAUAAAAAGUAA